AUGUACAAAACAUCAGCCUUGAUUGGCCUGUUGGCCGUCCCUGUUGCUUGGGUGCUGUACUUUUUCUUCUGGUCUGCUACUAGCAAAUUUCCAUCGGCGCCCGGACCGUUGCUCGCUCGGUUCACCCGCCUGUGGUACCUGAAGGCUCUCAUCAGAGGGGAUUUUGAAAAGGUGAAUAUCGCGUUACAUAGAAAACAUGGCAAAAUCGUCCGCCUCGAGCCCGGCGCAUACAGUAUCGACGACCCCGAGGCGAUCAAAACCAUCUACACCAUUUCAAACCCGUGGAGCAAGUCGGCGUGGUAUGGCGCGUCUUGUCCACCGGGUACCACGACCAACUUCAGCACCCCAGACAACAAGGAUGCUGCUCGAUUUCGUCGUAACUUUGCACAAGCCUUUUCCAUGUCGUCGGUGCUGGCCUACGAGCCUUUGAUUGAUGAGUGCGGCGAGCUUUUGAUCGAGAAGCUCAAGACCUUUGCAAAGUCAGGGCCAUAUAACGGUGUGCUCCCUCGAUACCUCCGCUUGACCAGUUUACCGACUGACGAUUCCCAGUUUUCUGAACGAUUUGGAUUCCUUGACAAGGGCGAGGAUGUCGGAGGGAUCAUUGAGAGCCUCCGUCACCGAAUGUCAUAUGGCACUUUUGCGGGCGUAUAUGCGGAACUGCACCCGAUAUUGUUCAAGAUAGUCAACUGGCUCGCCGGGACAGACACAGCUCAAGUAGACUAUACCAUCUCCUAUACCCUGAAGCGCAUCGCAGAAAGACGACAAGAGGGAAAGUCGCACAAGAACGAUAUGCUUGCUCAGUUCCUGGCCGGCCAGCAGAGGGAUCCAACCACCUUCACAGACUGGGAUGUUCUGAUCGGAGCUUUUGGCAAUAUUGUGGCUGGUGCUGAUACCACCCAUAUCACACUCUCUGCCAUCCUGUACUACCUGAUGAAGAAUCGGCGGUGCCUCGACAAGAUGCGCGCAGAGAUCGAUGAGAUGGCCAAGGCAGGCUCGAUUUCGGACCCGAUCUCUUUCCACGAGUCACAGCAAAUGCCCUAUUGCCAGGCGGUGAUAAAGGAGGGACAGAGGCUGUACCCCGGCACUGGGCUGCCACUGUUUCGCGUAGUCCCAGCAGGUGGCGCAAUGAUUGCCGGUAAAUACUUCCCCGAGGGAGCUGUUGUUGGCAUCAACAACUGGGUCGCCCACCACAACAAGGACGUCUUCGGACCAGAUCCAGAUGUCUUCCGCCCAGAGCGAUGGCUGGAGGGAGACACCACCGCCAUGAAUCGCUACUAUUUACCUUUUGGCGUCGGUCCGCGAUCUUGUCAAGGUCUGAAUGUCGCGUUGAUGGAGAUGUCGAAAUUCGUCCCGCAGCUCGUCCGCCACCUCGAUUUCGAGCUGCUCAGCGAGUGGAAGACGUCUAAUCGAUGGUUAAUGUUCCAGUCCAACCUGAAUGUCAAGGUGAAACUGAGAGAUUAG